GGCUGCAAUGGAAACCAUUCGGCCUUCAGACUUUGUCUACUUAAUUCUAUUGUAAUUAUAAUAUCAGUCUGUGACUCUUUUGUAUUUCAUCUCCUUUCAAUUUUUCUCCACUUGUCUCCUUUUUCUACUUGUAUACAUCCUCUUCCAAUUCACUCAUUUACGCGCGCCCAAGUUGCUGCUGCGUUUUCCUACGACUAUUAAGACCAUCAAUUUCACGACAACAAGAUUUCCCAAAUAACAAUACUUUAAUUUCAAAAUGGCCAUUGGAUUACUUCUUCCUAUUCGAAUUGCUCAAGCAGUUUUUGCUAUCGUCGUACUUGGCUUGUCCGGAUAUGUUUCCCACUGGUACAAUGCCGAUACUUUGACUGCAUCUCCUUCGCAAAUCAACUUUUUGGUUUUCGUACCUGUCUUCACUCUGAUUUCCAUUGUCUAUCUUGAAGUUGCCCCCCGCUUCAUGUCGAAAGCAUCUCACCCAUACGCACAUCUCGCAUUUGAACUCCUCAACGUUCUUUUCUACUUCGCAGGCUUCAUCGCCCUCUCCGUCUUUAUCAGCAAGCUUCUUUUCUGUCGUGGUUCUGUCUGUGGAGCAGCUCGUGCCGAUGCAGUCUUUGGUGCUUUCAGCUGGUUACUUUGGAUGGGAAGCAGUGCUAUUCUUGCAUUGGAAAUGUUCAAGGGAGGACGAGGAAAAGCUUAUCCUCAACCAAACAUGGCUAUGAAGGAGACUAGCAACCCGGUUUAAGUCGCUAUGUGAUGAGCGAAGAUAAUGCAAAAGACAAUCGGGAAGCAUGUCUGAAUCAUAUGGGCACUGAUAGUUGAUGAGAAGUCUUGAUGACCAUCUCUUUCUUGAAAGGACGUAUUGUGGUUGUAGGAAUAGAGGUUGAUGAAAAGGAAAAGAUUGAUGACUCAAACGUUCAUGGAGUUGGGGGUCAAAACACUUACACAGCAGCAAGACUGACUGAUGUCUACUUUAGAAAUAAAUAAUAUGAAAAUCUUUGAUAAUUCUUUCGA